AUGCCGGAAGCACCGCUGACGUUACCAAUCCUAAUCCGGACGAUACGGAAUGCGCGGACCCAGGCACAGGAACGGGAUCUGGUCCAGCGAGAGAGUGCCAAGAUCCGGGGGGCCUUUCGGGAUGACGAACCCGACAGCCGGGCUGCCAAUUUAGCCAAGUUGCUCUACAUCCACAUGCUGGGCUACCCGGCGUAUUUUGGACAGAUGGAGUGCCUGAAACUAAUUGCCUCUCAGAAAUUCCACGAAAAACGGAUUGGCUACCUCGGCGCUGCCCUCCUAUUGGACGAGAAGCAGGACACCCACCUUCUACUGACCAAUAGCAUCAAGAAUGACAUGUUGCAUCCCAGCACUUGGGUGCAGAGCCUGGCUCUUAGCACCCUCGGAUCUCUGGGCUCGGCGGCCAUGCUUCGGGACCUGGCCGGGGAGGUGGAGCAGCUGGCCCGCGUGGGGCAGCCCUCCGUGCGAAGGAAGGCAGUGGUCUGCGGGGUGCACAUUAUCCGGAAGGUGCCGGAUCUCACGGACACGUUCAUCGCGCUUGGCGAACAGCUGUUGACCGACCGAAAUCAAGGCAUUCUGCACGGAGCCGUCAUGUUGAUCGCAGAGAUGUGUGGACAAAACCCACAGGCCUUGGAACACUUCCGCAAGCGCGUGCCCCAGUUGGUAGGAAUUCUGCAGAACCUCGUGGUGGCAGGUUACUCUCCGGACAACAGCAUCUCUGGCAUCAGCGACCCCUUCCUGCAGGUCCAGAUCCUGCGGCUGCUGAGGAUUCUGGGACGAGACAAUGAAGAGACCAGCGAUGCCAUGAAUGACACCUUGGCCCAGGUGGCCACCAACACAGAGACUACACGGAACGUGGGCAACGCCAUCUUGUACGAGACAGUUCUGACAAUCAUGGGUGUGCACUCCACCAGCGGACUUCGGGUACUCGCGAUCAAUAUCCUCGGGCGAUUUCUCGUUAACAACGAUCGGAAUAUCAGGUUCGUGGCUCUAACAUCGCUGCAGAAAUUGUUGCAAGAGGAGAGUUCGGCUGUCCAGAGGCACCGGUCCACCGUCUUGGCAUGCCUGACUGACCCUGACCCGACUGUGAAGAGGCGAGCUCUGCAACUUAGCCUAGCCCUGGUGAACAGCGGCAACGUGAGGGCAACCAUCAAGGAACUCCUGGAUUUCCUCAUAACCUGUGCCCCAGACCUGAAGUCGGACUGCACUUCUGGAAUAUUCCUGGCUGCUGAGAAGUUUGCACCCAGCAAGCGAUGGCACAUAGACACCAUCCUCCAAGUGCUGACCAUGGCUGGCUCUUACGUGCGGGACGACGCAGUCCCCAACCUCACCCACCUGAUCGGAGGCGCAAAGGAGCUCCACGGUUACGCUGUGCAGCAGCUGUACGAAGCGGUGGCUCAGGAUAUCUCUCAGCAACCCUUGGUUCAGGUGGCCACUUGGUGCAUCGGAGAGUAUGGCAACCACCUAUUGGCUGGGAGCUGUGAAGAGGUGGAGCCUAAGCAGGUAGACCCGGAAGAAAUGCUCUCCCUCUUGGAGCGCGUGCUCCAGUCGCACCUCUCCCUGCCGGCCACCAGGGGCUACGCGCUCACCGCCAUCAUGAAACUCGGGACCCAUCUCCAAGGCAACAGCAUCAACCGGAUCCGGAGUCUGGUCUCUAUUUACUGCAGCUGCCAUGACAUUGAAUUGCAGCAACGGGCGGUGGAAUAUAAUGCCCUCUUCCGGAAAUAUGACCAUCUCAGGGCGUCUGUGUUGGAGAAGAUGCCCCUCGUGGAUAAAGCUGGUUAUAGCGAGGACGGAAGUGGAAAAGAGCAGUCGGGAAGAGAGGCCAGCAUUGCCCUGAAUAUCCCAGAGGUAGAACCGUGCGGCAAUUCCAAACAACCAGAAUCCAGCCAGGUCUCUGAUCUCUUGAAUCUCCUGGGGGAACCUACCGAGCCUUCUCCUUUACAGCCUGUUAUAGGCACUCCGGUGGCAACAGGAUCUGUCCUGGAACUGCUCAGGGAUCUAAAACCCCCAGCUCCUGCUCUCUCCCACCUGGUGGUCUACGAACGAGAUGAGCUGCUGGUCGAAUUCUCAAUGGAGCGCCCCCCGCUGGAGCCCACGUUACUGCUCAUCACUGCCACGGUAUCUAACAGGGCCCCCGGCAACGUGACCGGGUUUUCUCUGCAAGUGGCCGUCCCCAAGUCCUUUCAGGUGGCGCUCUUGGCCCCCAGCGGGUCCACAGUUCCAGGCCAGGGUGGUCCCCCCAUCACUCAGCUGAUUCGCGUCUUGAAUCCCAGGAAGCUCCCGCUCCGGAUGCGUCUGCGUCUCGCCUACACUCUGCCCUCUGGUGCAGCGGUCCAACAGAUCGAGGAAAUCCGCUCAUUCCCAGAGGCUGCGUGGCAGUGACCGGCGAGCAGCCUGGGAGG